UUAUUUUUUUUCUCCAAACGAAAAAAAUAUAUACAAUUUUAAAUCUGAAGACGACUAUGAAGAAGAAAAGCGCAAAAAAAUCAUUCCAUCGCAUUAAGGCUGAAUGAGCUCAUUGGCUUAUGGCUCAUUUUUUAACCUUAUCAAAUGUCAUUUUUAUCAGCUGUAGUUGUCGUCUCUACAAAAAAUAUAAACAUCAAUAAAAUUCCAAAAGUUGCAUAAAAAUCACCCAAAAAAUCAAUUUAUUUACAAUGGCAUCAAUUCAAAUCCGAAAAUUUUCAUCAACCACAUGUUAUUUGGCCAAAAUAAUACCAAAAAACCUAAAAGGAAAAAGCAAAAGUUCACAAGAAUGGCUCACACGCCAACUCGCCGAUCCCUAUGUAGAAAAGGCAAAAAUGAUGAAUUUUCGUUGCCGGAGUGCUUUCAAACUUUUAGAAAUUGAUGAUAAAUACAAAAUUUUAAAGCCAGGCGAUGUAGUUAUUGAUUGUGGUGCAUCACCUGGUAGCUGGAGUCAAAUUGCUGUUGAUAGAACCAAUGCAAAUGGCAAGAAUGAAAAACAACCAAAGGGUGCAGUAUUUAGCUUAGAUUUAUUGCAUAUUCAUCCUAUUGAAGGUGCCACAAUUUUUAGUAGAACAGAUUUCACAAAACCCGAAUCUCAGCUGAGAUUAAAAACAGCUCUAAAUGGCCGUCCAGUUAAUUGUGUCCUGUCUGAUAUGGCGCCAAAUGCAACUGGCGUUCGAGUACUGGAUCAGGAAACAAUCACAGAUCUGUGCUAUAUGGUGCUGCGAUUCUCUUUGGCUAUGUCGGCGGUUGGAGCGAAUUUAGUUGUAAAAAUAUGGGAUAAUAGUGCUGUGCCAAAAUUGGAAGAGGAUAUGCUUAAGUUUUAUGAAAAAGUGAAACGGGUUAAACCUUUCUCGAGCAGAUCGGACUCGGCAGAGCAUUUUAUGGUAGCUCGAAAUUUUAAAGGUCUAGAAAAUGUUAAGACUUAAUAAAAUAAAUGUUUUUUUGUUUAGAAUUUUACAA